UAAGUAUGCAUGCGUUCAUACAGGACUGAUUUUACUACAUGUGUACUAUCCAAGUCAUGAUGAUAAUUAAUGACGAAAUAAGACCGUGGUCGCCAACUAAAUCGUUGACGCAAGGCGGUGACGGCAGAUUGUCAACUGGCAUCAUCAUCGAGCGCGGGCGGAAUGACUGCCGAUUGCUCCAGCUGUCCAGAACUAAGUACUGCCUCCCCCAUUUUCUCCCCUCCCACGGCCCUUCCCCUCCUCCAUCCUCGCAUAGUUCAACCAAUGUCCUUCUAAAUUUCGCACUGUCAAUCUUUCGCCUUGUGUCCUUGCCAAUGACUGGGAGCUUGUCGUCCAUACCCGUCAAUUCCUGGCUAUGAGGUUCGCCGUCUACGCCGGGGCUUCGACUGCCCUGGCCACCGGUGUGUUUCUGAAAGCGCUACAUCAAAGGGCCAACUUCUAUGCCGCAUGUGUAUAUCUCUCUCAAAGUAGCGCAAAUCUUAUGAUUUUGAUGAACGUAUGCCUUCUAGCCGUUGGAUUCUUCAUCUUUUGGUUCCAACGUCUCCUUUAUGGACCGCUCCGACCCAUCGAGACCGAACAGCUAUAUGAGAAAGCAUGGUUCGCUGUCACUGAAACGUGUCUGGCGAUGACGAUCUUUCGUGGAGAGCUGGGAGGGUGGUUUCUGGUCAUGUUCGUUUCUCUUCUCGUUGGCAAGGUCUGGGGCUGGAUCGGGGAGGGCCGCGUAGAAUACCUCGAACAGCAGCCGCCUGCGAAUCCACGCCUGUUCCACUUCCGGCUCGCUCUGUCCUUACUUAUAUCAGUCCUGUUCAAUGUGUUCAUGCUGAGUUACUGCGUUCAGACGGUUCUUGAACAAGCACGACCCGACAUGAUGGUCAUGUUCGGCUUCGAGUUCGCUGUCCUGACCAUUCUGUCAAGCUCAACCGCCGCCCGAUAUUCCAUAUCUUUGGUUGAACUCUACGUUACCCACCGGCAGUUGAAGGCCAGAUUGGAAGAACGCCGUCAAGAGAUUCGAGCUGCGCGGGACGAGGCCCUGCGACAACAGGCCGAGUCUGCAGAGACAAGCACCUUGCCUGGCCUAGCGGAUGAAAACGACGUCAACGAGAUGGAGUUGGACGUGCCAGGGUGGGAAGAAAAAGGCCGGUGGAUUUUUUACCUUGACCUCCUGACAGACUUCCUCAAACUUACGGUGUACCUGACAUUCUUCGCCAUUUUGUUCACCUUCUACGGUCUGCCCAUUCAUAUAUUACGCGAUGUAGUUGUUACGAUCCGGUCGUUCGGACGCCGCAUCGUGGACUUUGUCCGGUAUCGUAACGCGACACGUGACAUGAACGAGCGCUAUCCUGAUGCUAGCGCUGAGGAGGUCGCUCGGGAGGAAGUGUGCAUCAUCUGCCGCGAGGAGAUGACCCAGUGGCACCGGGCUGGGGAAAGAGGUGAAGGUGCACAACAGCAAGGUCGGGUAUCUGACCGCCUUCGUCCGAAGAAGCUCCCUUGUGGCCACAUCUUACAUUUUGCUUGUCUUCGCAGCUGGCUCGAAAGGCAGCAGAAUUGCCCGACUUGUCGACGCCCGGUCGUUGCUCCACCUCAGCCACGGGGGCACGGCGACGCUGGCAACCGCAACCCCGGGGGCGACGCUGGCGGGCAGCAGAAUCAGCCUUUUGGUAAUCAACCAUUCGGUCGGAAUGCGCCAGUGGAGGGAUUACCGCGAGCCCGAAUUUAUCAAUUCGGACCUUUCCGAAUCGGCUUUGGUGCAGGAAGAGGCGAUCUUUUUCGCAAUCUUCAGCAGCAAAUUCACCAGGGAAAUGUACCAAUGCAGCAGCCAAAUGAUGCUAUUGCGCCUAAUGCUCGACAGAUAGGGUUCGGACUCGGGUUCGGGCAACCGCCAGCGACUCCAACAGUUCCAAACCCGGCUUCGAGUGUGGCUCACGUACAUAAUCAAUUGCAGCAAGUGGAACAGCAGAUCCUGCAAGAGAUCAGCAGCCUACGUGUCACAGCUCAGCAACUUCAACUUGUGCGAAUGCUGCAAAUGGAACUUCAGCGGCUCCGCGGCCUCUCGGCUGAAUCUAUUGGAUCUCAACCGGGUCUCUCAAGUUCUGCAUUGUCAAAUUCGGUGACGUCCACAGCCGAGCGUCAUCGGUUCGUGUCGGAUCAUGAAACACCUGCCAUGAAGGCUGGGGACUCCCGACUCCCAGAGGGAUUAAUUCUUCCCGAAGGCUGGUCUCUAACACCUCUAUACUCACCUGGUCAAGAAUCUAUACCAGUGGGUAACCCCUCCGUUCCUACUACUGCUUCCGAGACAAUCAUACCCCCCGCACAUCCCAUGACCGAAAAUGAAUCCAACAAUUCAAGUUCGGUCCAAGAGACCGCGGCUGUUCCAGGCCCCUCCGUACCUCAGGAUCUGCCAAACUGGCAAUCUGCCUCGACUCCUGCAGCAACUCAGACUGGUAUCGAGUCACUGUCCCAGCAAUGGACCGACCUGGCCUCCGAGACACAAGCUGACGAUACGGAGCGUUCCGAACGUGAGCAGGGGUCGGAAUCGUCGUCGGAAUCGCCAUCAAGGGGAAAGGCGCGGGUCGCGACAGUAGAGGAUGUACUCGAUGACGAUGAAGUGUGAUAGAUAGAUACUUACUCCCCUCUCCCACUUCAUGACCUCUUCCAUAUGUCACCCAGUACAUUUCCAUCAUACCAAAUCUACUCUGUUCUUGGCUUAUGUAUCAUCACAAUGGUGUUGUCAACACUCCCCCCCCCCCCC